GUUCCCCUGAAGAAGUGGUGCCUGCUCAGACGGCAGCCCAUCACAUUUGUCUUAUAUCGCAGAUGUCCUUCCCACGUCGGCCGCCCCCCUCCGGUCAAUCCUGGAUGACAUGACAAACGUCUGUGGUUGCCCGUCAAAAACAUUUGAGGCAAAUUCUCGUCCUGGUCACGACGGGCCUUUCUCUGCUCCUUUCCGUCUUUCCUUUCCUUUCCUUCCCAUUCAUUCUCACAGACAUCUUCACCAUCAGCAUCGCUCGCCAUGAGGCAAUCGAUACUGCUCGGCGUCGCGGUCGCCUUCUUUGGUGCUGUUCAAGGUUCACUGCUGGAGUUUGCAGCCAUGCUGCCCCAGUGCGGGCUGGAAUGUACACUCGAAAAGUUACCACUCUCGGCUUGUAAGGUUCCGACAAACGAUACCUGCAUAUGCAGUGAUCAUGAUCUGCGGAUGAGCGUACAAACAUGUCUCAUCCAGCGGUGCAAGAAACUAGAAGCCAUAGACGUUGCAAGGAUAGAAGCUGAAGCAUGCCAACGUCCGGUCCGUAAGCGAAAGGUGGACAUCAUGGUGCCACUCAUCCUCCAGAUUACCGGGAUUCUGGUGGUUCCGUUACGAUUAUACGCGAGAUGGACGACGAUGCAUCGAUUCGAGGCCGACGACUGGAUCAUGAUGUUCUGCGGCGCUAUGUUUAUCGUUUUUGUCGUUGUUGGACAGCUUGCCGGGCACGUUGCCUUUGGAGAAGACAUCUGGAUGGUCGAGCCAGAUGAACUCACCUUAGGAUUAAAGCUCUUCUUCAUCGACGAAAGCAUGUACCUCGCCUGCCUAGGCCUGACCAAGAUCUCAGUACUCUUCUUCUACCUCAGAAUAUUCCCGAAUAAGUCCUUCCGAUGGGCAACAUACGCGACCAUGACAUAUAUCAUAAUAUCGACCACGGUCGUUCUCCUGAUGCAGAUCUUCCAGUGCAUCCCCUUUGAAUUCAACUGGGUUGGCUGGAAAGGCGACUAUGGUCCGCACCACUGCCUGGAUAUCAACGCACUAGCCUUUGUGGCUGCCGGGCUGAGCAUCAGCCACGACCUCAUCAUCCUCGCCUUGCCUCUUCCGCUGCUGUUGCACCUCAACACUUCCAAACGCUCCAAGAUAGGCAUCCUGUUCAUGUUCAGUCUCGGCAUCUUCGUCCUCAUCACGUCAUGCAUCCGGCUCCGCUACAUCGUCUCGUUCACGCAAUCGCUCAACCCGACGUGGGACUUCACGGACCCCCUCAUCUGGUCCGGUCUCGAGGCAUCCGUAUCCAUGAUUGUCGUGUGCCUCCCGGCGCUCCGGAUCUUGCUGAAGCGUGGCUGGCCCAGGCUGUUCAGCACGAUUGGCACCGUGGAGAUCCACUCGGCACCGAAGAAGAAUACCAACGCGUCAUCUCGGAUGGCGUACGCCAUGAAGGUGGCUGAAGAUGGCGAGGGCGAUGGAAACGGAGACCACAACGCGAUGAACGAAGGGGACGAAGAGGUCGCUGACGCAAAGUACGCCGCGAGCGAAGCGAGAGCCGCGAGGAGGAUGGCGGAGAAGAGGAGGAAGUUCUUCUCGUUCAGGUCAACGACCGUGGAGCCCAACGAGAGCGAGCUGGAGCUGGAGCUGGGCGACAAGGUGCGGGGCGAGGUCAGGACGCAGAUCCGGUACCAUGAUGGGGAAUCGGUGACGAGGAGGAGCUCUAUUGAAUCUGGGAUUCAUGUGAGGACGACGACUACCAUUCACGACGCGAAUGGGAAGACAUUUUGAGUCCGUCAGUUGAGACGCUCAAUCACGCAUACACGGGGGACUUGAAUUUUCGCAUUUCUUUCACUUUGGAAACCACAGCACUUAGGAGACUGAUGAUACCAUUGCAUCGCGAGGCGUUGGAUUUACUUAAGGGAGUUUCUCUACAAGAAUACAUGUACGUAAUAGUAAAAAAAAGUAAUAUCAUGUCUAAUUAUUAGUAUACCCUUAU